AAUAAACGAAUAAAAAUGGUGAAAGAAACUACAUUUUAUGAUGUCUUGGGUGUAAAACCUGGCUGCUCACAAGAUGACUUGAAGAAGGCUUAUAGAAAACUUGCUCUGAAGUAUCAUCCUGAUAAGAAUCCUAAUGAAGGAGAAAGAUUCAAGCAAAUUUCACAAGCAUAUGAAGUAUUGUCGAACCCUGAAAAAAAGCGAAUUUACGAUCAAGGAGGAGAACAAGCUUUAAAAGAAGGCGGAGGGGGUUGCAAUGUCUUUUCUUCACCUAUGGAUAUUUUUGAAAUGUUCUUUGGUGGAAGUUUUGGUGGAAGAAGUGGUCGCAGGAGAGAACGUAGAGGUCAAGAUGUUAUACAUCAGUUGUCUGUUUCAUUAGAGGAACUGUACAAGGGGACUGUCCGUAAAUUAGCUUUACAGAAGAACGUUAUUUGUGAUAAAUGCGAUGGUAUUGGUGGAAAGAAAGGUUCUGUGGAACAGUGUUCAACAUGUCAUGGUUCUGGUAUGCAAGUGCAAAUACAACAACUAGCACCGGGAAUGCUACAGCAUAUGCAAACUAUAUGUACAGACUGUAAAGGUCAAGGAGACCGUAUAAAUGCGCGUGAUCGCUGUAAACAAUGCGGUGGCAGGAAAACCAUUAGAGAUAGAAAGAUUCUCGAAGUUCAUGUUGAUCCAGGUAUGGUACAUAACCAGAAGAUUGUUUUUACUGGAGAAGGUGAUCAGGAACCAGACUAUGAGCCAGGAGAUAUUGUUAUCCUACUUGAAGAGAAGGAACAUGAGGUCUUCAGGCGUUCACGUAGCGAUUUAGUAAUGAGAAUGCAAUUAGAACUUGUAGAAGCUUUAUGUGGAUUCCAGAAAGUUAUUCGCACUUUGGACGGAAGAGAUUUAGUGAUAACCUCAUAUCCGGGGACUGUUGUAAAACAUGGAGACUUAAAGUGCAUUUUGAAUGAAGGAAUGCCUAUUCACAAAGAUCCUUUCACACAUGGCAAGCUUGUAAUUCAAUUCAUAGUAAAUUUCCCGAAGACAAUGGACCCUUCUGUCAUUCCAACUCUCGAACAAUGUUUGCCACCAAGGGAAGAGGUUAUAAUUCCCGAGGGAGCAGAGGGUUGUAAUCUCGUGGAUUUGGAUCAGGAUCAAGAAACGAGGCGAAGAGAACAACGACAAGCAUAUGACGAAGACGAAGGCAAUUCUACAGGAGUCCAAUGUGCCACAAAUUAAUUCAAUUACAUCAGUCUCACAAUAAAUAUGGUCAUUCUUUCAUUUUAAACUUUUGUCCCAUUCGCUCGUUUCUGAAUCAUGUAUUAACAGAAGAACGAAAAGAUGCGGACAUAUAACAAAGUUCUUCAAAACAGGUGAAAAGAAUCGGAGAAAAAUGUUUAGAUAUGUGCACGACUGUGAGAGCUAUAGCUAUAGAAUCACUAAUGAUUCUAAUAUAAAGAUCACAAACAAAUACUGAAUUGUAUAGGAAACCUUUAACGCUGUUGAUGGUACAUUAAUUACCACUUUUGAAUUAAACUAUAAAUUCUCGUGAAAACUGGUAAACUGGCUACAAAUUAGUUCAUCGCUUGCUGUAGAAAAGUAUUUAAAAAGAUGUACUUAUCAUUAAGCAUAGUGAUAAGGAAAGGUGAAUUUACUCAACAUUUAAUGCAAACGUUGUGUAACGUUAAUAGUAAACGCAAAACAUAAUCAACUGUAUCAUGUAACGCUGAACAUUCUGAUUACUUUCUGCUAUUUGUGAAUUUUUUUUCUAUCUAACAGUUUUCAGCACUGAUUGAUACGCGCAUACUGAAUGCUAGAAAUAAAGUUAGACAGUCAAACAAAA